UUUGGUAUUUGUCAAAAACUGAUUGAAAGCGGUUUUUCUGUUAACGGCUUUUAAGGUCGCCUUUUGUUGGCGGGCUGGCGGGGAGGACAUCGAAGUUUCCCCGGCGAUUGAGUAGCUGUUGGGAGAAUUUGGGGGAGGGUAUUUCGAGGGGAGGAAAGCGCGACGUCUCCAAGAGGGUGAAGUCGUCGUUAUUAGGUGCAACCCUUUGAGAUGUGGUUUAGCUGCCCCGGGAAUUCUAUGAGAGCCGCCGGGCUCGCCUUCGAACCCGUUGAUGUGACAGGGGCAGCAGGGUGGCCAGCGCCGCGGGAAUCGGCCAUGUGGUUGGGUCGCGGGUACAAAAUGCCGGCGUCGGACAUGGCGGCGGCGCCUUUGUUACCCCGCCCGGCGGAGGAGCUCAAAAUGGCAGCGUCGAGAAAAUGUGGCGCAGAGAGAAAUGCGAGACAAAGGGGGAAGCGCCGCCCCAGCGGGAACGCCGCCCGGUCCGGGACUCCUCCCCCGGUAGUUGCCAGCUCCUCCUCCUCUUUUUCUUUGCGUUAUAUAAUGUUGCUAUCAGAAUCAGGAGCCCUUCCGCGGGAUACCCCCAAUUCGAUUGGCUUGCGUUUGGUGCACCUCGAUUCGGGGGAAGUAGGGCAGGGCCCCUAUCUGGAAAGAAGUUUGGAAACCCUGGGGAAAAACUAGUCAAAAAGAAGUGGAAUCUUGAUGAGCUGCCCAAAUUUGAGAAGAAUUUUUAUCAAGAGCACCCUGAUUUGGCUAGGCGCACAGCACAAGAGGUGGAGACAUACAGAAGGAGUAAGGAAAUUACGGUUAGAGGUCACAACUGCCCAAAGCCAGUUCUGAAUUUUUAUGAAGCGAACUUCCCUGCUAACGUAAUGGAUGUCAUUGCAAGACAGAAUUUUACUGAGCCCACUGCUAUUCAAGCUCAGGGAUGGCCCGUUGCUCUAAGUGGAUUAGAUAUGGUUGGAGUAGCACAGACUGGAUCCGGGAAAACGUUGUCUUAUUUGCUGCCUGCUAUCGUCCACAUCAAUCAUCAGCCAUUCCUAGAGAGAGGUGAUGGGCCUAUUUGCUUGGUGCUGGCACCAACUCGGGAACUGGCCCAACAAGUACAGCAAGUAGCUGCUGAAUACUGUAGAGCAUGUCGCUUGAAGUCCACUUGCAUCUAUGGUGGUGCUCCAAAGGGACCACAAAUUCGUGAUUUGGAGAGAGGUGUGGAAAUCUGUAUUGCAACACCUGGAAGACUGAUUGACUUUUUGGAGUGUGGGAAAACCAAUCUGAGAAGAACCACCUACCUUGUCCUUGAUGAAGCAGACAGAAUGCUUGAUAUGGGCUUUGAACCCCAAAUAAGGAAGAUUGUGGAUCAGAUAAGACCUGAUAGGCAAACCCUAAUGUGGAGUGCAACUUGGCCAAAAGAAGUAAGACAGCUUGCUGAAGAUUUCCUGAAAGACUACAUUCACAUAAACAUUGGUGCACUAGAACUGAGUGCAAACCACAAUAUUCUUCAGAUUGUGGAUGUAUGUCAUGAUGUAGAAAAGGAUGAAAAACUUAUUCGUCUAAUGGAAGAGAUCAUGAGUGAGAAGGAGAAUAAAACCAUUGUUUUUGUCGAAACCAAAAGAAGAUGUGAUGAGCUUACUAGAAAAAUGAGGAGAGACGGGUGGCCCGCCAUGGGUAUCCAUGGUGACAAGAGUCAACAGGAACGUGACUGGGUUCUAAAUGAAUUCAAACAUGGAAAAGCUCCUAUUCUGAUUGCUACAGAUGUGGCCUCCAGAGGGCUAGAUGUGGAAGAUGUGAAAUUUGUCAUCAAUUAUGACUACCCUAACUCCUCAGAGGAUUAUAUUCAUCGAAUUGGAAGAACUGCUCGCAGUACCAAAACAGGCACAGCAUACACUUUCUUUACACCUAAUAACAUAAAGCAAGUGAGCGACCUUAUCUCUGUGCUUCGUGAAGCUAAUCAAGCAAUUAAUCCCAAGUUGCUUCAGUUGGUCGAAGACAGAGGUUCAGGUCGUUCCAGGGGUAGAGGAGGCAUGAAGGAUGACCGUCGGGACAGAUACUCUGCGGGCAAAAGGGGUGGAUUUAAUACCUUUAGAGACAGGGAAAAUUAUGACCGAGGUUAUUCUAGUCUGCUUAAGAGAGAUUUUGGGGCAAAAACUCAGAAUGGUGUUUACAGUGCUGCAAAUUACACCAAUGGGAGUUUUGGAAGUAAUUUUGUGUCUGCUGGUAUACAGACCAGUUUUAGGACUGGUAAUCCAACAGGGACUUACCAGAACGGUUAUGAUAGCACUCAGCAAUAUGGAAGUAACGUUCCAAAUAUGCACAAUGGUAUGAACCAACAGGCAUAUGCAUAUCCUGCUACUGCAGCUGCACCUAUGAUUGGUUAUCCAAUGCCAACAGGAUAUUCUCAAUAAGACUUUAGAAGUAUAUGUAAAUGUCUGUUUUUCAUAAUUGCUCUUUAUAUUGUGUGUUAUCAGACAAGAUAGUUAUUUAAGAAACAUGGGAAAUGCAGAAAUGACUGCAGUGCAGCAGUAAUUAUGGUGCACUUUUUCGCUAUUUAAGUUGGAUAUUUCUCUACAUUCCUGAAACAAUUUUUAGGUUUUUUUUGUACUAGAAAAUGCAGGCAGUGUUUUCACAAGUAAAUGUACAGUGAUUUGAAAUACAAUAAAUGAAGGCAACGCAUGGCCUUCCAAUAAAAAAUAUUUGAAGACUGAA